GGGAUGUGUUCCAUGGAGGGAUCUGUGGGGAGCAGGGGAUGCUCCAGGCAGGAGCUGUGCCCCAUGAGGUGUGUGGGGAGCAGGGAAUGUGCUCCAUAGGAGGUGUGGGGAGCACGGUGUGCUCUAGGAGCCGUGUUCCAUGGGGUGUGUGGGGAGCAGGGAAUAUGCUCCAUGGAGGGAUGUGUGGGGAGCAGGGAAUGUGCUCCAUGGAGGGAUCUGUGGGGAGCAGGGGAUGUGCUGGGAGCUGUGCUCCAUGGAGGGAUGUGUGAGGAGCAUGGAAUGUGCUCCAUGGAGGGAUGGAUGUGUGGGGAACAGGGAAUGUGUUCCAUGGGAUGUGUGGGGAGCAGGGAACGUCCUCCAUGGGAUCUGUGGGGAGCAUGGGACACUCUAGGAGCUGUGUUCCAUGGGGUGUGUGGGGAGCAGGGGCUGUGCUCCAUGGGAUCUGUGGGGAGCAGGGAACGCUCUAGGAGCUGUGUUCCAUGGGGUGUGUGGGGAGCAUGGAAUGUGCUCCAUGGAGGGAUGGAUGUGUGGAGAGCAGGGAAUGUGCUCCAUGGGAUGUGUGGGGAGCAGGAGAUGUGCUCCGUGGAGGGAUCAGUGGGGAGCAGGGAAUGCUCCAGGAGGUGUGCCCCAUGAGGUGUGUGGGAUGUGCUGAGAGCUGUGCUCCGUGAAGGGAAGUGUGGGGUGCAGGGGAUGUGUUCCAUGGGACUCCCUUCCUUUUCCUCCACCCCCCCUGCGCCCCUGGAGCAAGGGAUGUGCUCCAUGGAGGGAUGGGUGGAAAGCAGGGAGUGCUCCAGGAGCUGUGUCCCAUGAGAUGUGUGGGGAGCAGGGGAUGCUCUGGGAGCUGUGCUCCAUGGCGGGAUCUGUGGGGGAGCAGGGGAUGUGCUCCAUGGGAUGUGUGUGGCACAGGGGAUGCCCUGGGAGCUGUGCUUCACGGUGGGAUGUGUGAGGUGCAGGGGAUGUGCUCCAUGGGAUGUGUGGGGAGCUCGGGGUACCUGGGGGCUGUGUAUCGUGGCGGGAUGUGUGAAGUGCGUGGGAUGCACUUGGAGUUGUGCUCCGUGGGGUGAUUGGGGUGCAGAGGAUGGCCUGGGAGCUGUGCUCCAUGGAGGGAUGUGUGGGGCACAGGGAAUGCUCUUGGAGCUGUGCUCCAUGGGAUAUUUGGGGUGCAGAAGAUGCCCUGGGAGCUGUGCUCCAUGGAAUGAUGUGUGGGGCACAGGGAAUGCUCUUGGAGCUGUGCUCCAUGGGAUGAUUAGGGUGCUUUGGCAUGCACAGGCAGCCCUGGAGGCUGUGCCCUGUGGAGGGGCACAUGGAAUGCUCUGCCCUGCAUUGUGGUGCAGGGGAUGCCUGGGGGCUGUGCUGUAUGGAGGAAUGUGUGGGAUGCUCCUACUUGCAGGGGAUGCCAGAGGGGAUUUGCCAUGGGAAGGGGUGUGUGGGUUGUCCUGGGUUGCUGUGUGGUGCAUGGGAUGCCCCAAGAGCUGUACUUCGUGGAGGGAUGUAUGGGGUGCUCUGGGGUGCACUGGGUGCCCAUGUGGCUGUGCUGUGCUGGGGGCACUGGGUUGUGCUGGGGGCACUGGGUUGUGCUGGGGGCACUGGGUGUCCCCGUGGCUGUGGGGUGGCACUGGGGUGUGCUCUGGAGGCCAGGCUGGUGUGUGGGGUGUUCUGAGGUUUGUGGGAUGCCCUCAGGGCCGUGCCAUGGAAAAGGAUGCUUUUGGGUGGAUUAGAGAGGUGCCUCUGGGGUUCCAAUCCCAGUGAGGGGCUGGGACAUGGGAUGGGAGGGGCUGCAGCACCAGGGCUGGGCUGUUGGACUGGGAGUGAGAAGUGUCCUAGGAGAAAGAAGCUGGAGUAAAUGGGGUGGGAGCUGCAGGUGUGAACUCUGCAGUGGAGCUGGAGUGAGGGACUGGGGCACAGAGGUCUGUGGAAGGGAUGUAGGGAUUGGAAUAAAAGGUGGAACAGGCAGUGAUGGGGUGGGAGAUAGUGUGUGGGACAUCAGAUCAUCUGGGAUGUGUUGUGAGGAAGGGAUGGGGGGCUUUGCAGGAAGAACUGAAAUAUGGGUGUCUGCAGGAAAAGAGGAAGAGGUGGAUGAAGCAAUGUGGAGUAUGAGGUCUGCUGGGGAGAACUGGGUUGAUACAUGAGGGGAUGGAUGUGGUGAUGAAAGGACAUGAGGAGCUGGGUCUUGAGUCACUGGGAGAAAGGGAUAUGGGAGUGGGAUUGUGGUAUGGGGAGGCAUUAGGAGCCAAAAUAUGGGGUGGGCAGGAAGUGCUUUCAGCAUGGGGGAGGUGGUGCAAGUGGUCAUGAGGGAAACUUUAGGGCUCCAGAGCUGGGAAAGCAGUGUAGGUAGUUCAGGAGAGCAGGAAUCCAGGGAAGCUGAGCAUGUAGUGUUGGACUGGUAUGUAGGAUAGCUGUGCAAGAGGAGUUUGUGGGAUACCAGGAGUGUGGGAGGGGAUCUUGUAUAUAGGGAUUGUGGGGAGGAGCAGUAUCUGACAAGGCAGGGGCAGUGUGUUUAUUUGGAAGUAUUCCUGCUAGGUAGAGGAGAGGCAUUUUGUGUGUGUGUGUGAGAGAGAGGCAGUCUGUGCCCUGGCUGGCUGCAGAGGGGGAUGAGAAAGGCUAAAUCUGUAGAAACACUGCAAGUUCAUGAGGCCAAGGGUUGGAUGAUGAGGAGAAACGAACACUGAAGACCCCAGAUGCUCAGGGAAAUGAUGGGACAGGCAGAUGCAGGAAGACAACAAGGCUCCACCUCUAAGAUGAGUGAGAGCACUCUGGUCUUCUGUGUAGUCCAGCUUUCUGUUGCUGAGGUCUCAGUGUAGGUGGUGGAAUGAUGGGACUGGAAAGGCCUCUGCUGAUGGAGUGUUUGGGAUGUGGAAGGUGGAUGUUGCUCGCGGAGGGGAGACAAAGCGCGAGGACACAGAUGGGAGGAAUCCGAUGUGACAGUCAACUGUGGGUUGCUAUUUGGAUAUAAAAAAUUAGGGUGGGAUGAUGACAUGAUUAGUGGCUUAAUAGUAAACUACAUGAGAAAUCAGGAAAUUGUCAUGCAGCAAAGAAAGAAAGUAAGUACAAAAGAAGUGUUAGUAGGGAGGUGCUUGUGGAAGGGUUCAAAGCCACCAAUGUGAAAGGGAAGAUGCUUUUACUCUCCAGAUGCCAAACCUAACUUGGACUCUGAAACUGGUCUGGAAAUGACCAUGAACCUCACUUUCUGGGGAGAGGAACAUCAAGUCUUGUAGCUCUAACCUGGUAAAGUAACACCACCUUGGUCUGGGCAGAGAAGAAAGGGUUGUGCCAGGUCGAGUUUGUCUCACAAAGCCUCCCUGUUAGUGACUGGUUGUUCUACUGUCAAAACACAGUUUGAGGAAGUGGGGGAGACAGUUAUUCCAGUUUUUAGGGGUUCCAGUAACAUUUUUUUCCUUGAAAGUGUUUUGUCCUCGAUUUCUCUGUGAAAAGCCCACACAGACAUCAUAGGAUGCUCUAAGCAUCCUUAAGUGCAUCAAGCUUUAAAAGCAUGAGGAGAAAAAGUGAUGUAGAUUUUUUUUCUUCUGUUUUGUUGGGUUAUUUGGUCAGUGAUUGCUCAAAAUAUUUCAAAAACAAAUGUUGGAAAGCUAGGCAAGGCAUUACAUCGAAUAAAAGGGUAUGGAAUGAAAGAAUUAACAUACCUAAACAGCUUUAUUCCCACUUCUUUUUGUUUACCCCUCUGCUGCUUCCUACGAGGUCUUGUCGUGCUGGAUUUCUGCCUGCAGUGGGGUGUUACAGGUGUUGGACUGGUGAAGUUAAACAGGGGCACACACAGUCGUGGUGUGUUCAUCCUGUGGCAGUGGAGCUGUGCAUCCCAUAGCAGAGGGAUCUGCUUUCUCCCUGAAUUGCAAGGGUUGCUUUGGUGAGGUUUUAUAGCCAUUUUGGACAUUUUGGCUCUGUUGUGCGGUGUGGAUUUUUUUUUUUCUUUUAACAGUGAUCUCCAAAGAGAUUAUUUUUAAUGAAUGUGUCCUUUUUUUUCUUACUCAGAGCAUAAAAAUGGCUCAAGGGCUCAUAUUCUUUCCCUUUCUCCCUUGCUGGCCUCUCCUCAAACAACAAAAGAAAGGCAUCUUUCUUUUUUUAACUUGAAGUUAGCAACGAUGUCAGUUUUGGGAUUUGGCAAUUUUCUCAGUGGGGCGAGUGCGUUUUUGUUUUGUUGGUUUUGUUUUUUGUUUUUUUGGGUUUUUUUUUAAAUCUGGGUUUUUUUGGGUCGGGUUUUUAUUGUGGAGAGGGGUCUGGGGAUCUUGGGUCUCACUGCACUUGUGUGAACUCUUAACACCUUAAUUGAAGGGGUGGAGAUGCUGAAUCACUAACAAAGACCUCCUUUAUCCAAAAUGUUAAUCAAUCAUUGACGUUAAAUAAGUGUGAACAAAACCAAGCAAAAAAAACCCCCACCCUAAACAAGUUUUUGUGUAAGUUCCACUCCCAUUCAGCUGCUCAUCUUUGGUCAGGUUAACAUUGUUUUGGGGAACGUGUACUUGAUUUUUGCAAUGUUUGGUAAAAGUUCUGUUGCUGACUUCCCAGUGUGGUUUUCCCAAUACAGAUUAUGAGCUCAGAGAUGUAGUAAAGAUGUUUUGGGAGAAAUCGUGAUCUGCUCUGGUGUGAGGGAGUAGCUGGGCUGUGACAGUACCUUUGUGACCAUCUUUUUGUAGUUGUUUGUUUUGGGAAGGUGUUUUGCUUUCCUCUCUUGUGAUAAAUUAAUUUGUUUAUUGGUCAACACAGUCUUCUAAGCUAGGCAGGAACUGAAUUUUAAUGUGAAAGAAAAUAAAUAGUUUCUGUUCAUACAACUAGAAACUUUGUAGAUCUCUUCUGUAUAUUGUGAAUACAAAGAGUGUGGACUCUUUUCUUCCCUGUGUUUCCCCCUUCCAACCCCCCCAUCUUGCAUUUCAUCUUUACAGUUCAUGGCUUGGAUUGUUUUCAGUUAGGGUCAGUCCACAGCCAGAGAAACUACAUUUGUCACAAAAUAUCCAAAUAUAGAAACUGAGGCAACUAUGAGCCACAAGGCCAAAAUGUUCAUAUACAACAGCUUUUCUGAGCAGUUUAUACAUUUGAGGUGGAUAAGAAUGGAGUGCCUUUGAUCCAUAUUUGAUAGCCAUUCAGGCUUGUUGCUCUGUAACAUGUUGUCUUCCCAUACCUAUUUCUACACGUUUCUUUCUAGAUGUUUUUUUCCUCUGAGUUCCUGACGUGCUCUAUUGACUCUCUGGCCUUACAAACUGUGCCUGUGGCUUAGGAAUUUUGUUGAUCUUUUAUAAAUUCAAUAGGAAAAGAAAUCAAAACCCGACCAACAACAGCUUUAUCCUGUGGAGCAAUUUACACCCAAGUGAGUAUUCAAACUAAAUUCUCUCUUAAAUGUGAGCUGUGCUGUCUCACAGGGCUUCAUCUCCUCUGGUUUCUAGAAGUUUACCAGAAUUUCUUCAGAGCAAUGCAGGCAACCUUCAUAAAAUCCUUCUAACUAGCUUGCGUGGCCUUGGACUUCACAGAAAUCCCUGUGCCUCGCUAAGUUCCGUGCUCUGUUUACAUAGAUAUGAAGGCCUUUAACCCAGCAAGUUUUGCUGUGGGCUUGGAUUUCCUGCUUACAAGCUCUGCUGGAGUCCCUGUAGUCUUCCUGCUGGCAAAGUCAAGGUGUUAACUCAGGUUUUCAGGGCAAUUUGUGAAUGGAAGGAGAUUUCAUUGCUGAGUUUUUGUCCAAGCACUGCUCUGCCUAUUGGAUUUAAAAUAGCUUUCCCUCACACACCCUUACUUGUCUGUUAGGGGUUUUUUUUGUUGUGUUUUAAAAGUUUAAUCAUUUUGGAGCUCGAUCUCCUUUGUGGUAGGGACUACACAAGUCCAGAAGAACGGGAACCUUGUUUAUAAUUAGGAAUUCUGAUAAUGCCAAAGAACUUGAACAAAAAAAAAAAUCUGUCUGUUGGGACAUUUCUGAAGGGUUGCCUUUAAGACCCCUCUGGCUCACAAACGCUAGUUAGCAAAAGUAGGUGACAUUUUAAUGUGCUGAAUCCAAGUGAACUGUUGCAGUGUUGGCUUUUAAUUUAUAUCUUUGAAGAAGCAGGGCUGUGCUUUGUGGCUGCACCCUUACCUGUAGGGGCCUAGCACUUCUUUCAGUGCUAGAGUUGGCUUGUGAGGAGUCCCUGGUGCUUGCCCAUUUUGACUCUGUGCCACCCUGCUGGUGCUGCUGCUGGAGCAGCUGGAUGCUGAAAGGAUCCAGGAGUCGAUCUGGAUUAUAAGUAGCCUGGCAAAAAAAAAAAAAAAAAAGAUUAUACUUAGCCUGCAUCAGUUUGCCAAACUGGUUCACUGUUUGGCCACACAAGCGGUUGUAUGGGCACAUCAGACAGUGUGGUGCAGGGAUGGAAGUAAAUAUUGGUAGCAGCAGUUCUUUAAGCUGGCAUUGCUGCCAAAAGGAGUGCUCAUCUAGCUAUACCCCAAGAGCCUGCUAAACUUGCUAAGUGGUUUUUUUACACCUGUUUGUUACAGCUUCCCUUGCCUGAGAACAGUUCCCUUCAGCUUACCUUGUUCUUUUUGCCAAAAAUCAUCUCUGAACAUAUAGGCAAGGUAUCAAAAGAGAAACCCACUUAAGGAGCUUUAAGCAGGGCAAAAAGAAGAGUAUGGUGGUUUAGCUAUGGAAAAGUUUCUGCUGUGUCAAGACUGCCUGAUGAUACAGAACAUGCACUGUAAAUUGACUAUAGACUAUUUAGUGUGGUUGCAAUUAAGCAGUGAAACUCAUGCUGUGAGAAUCAUCAGGAGCAAGAAUUCAACAAGAGUUAAAAAGCAUCAGAUGUCUGUAGGAAUAUGAAGAAUAUUCAAUUAUCGUAAUCAGUGACAGUAGAAAUUUUGGAAGAGGUAUUAAGCCUGUGGUCUAAACCUUGUUUUUUAUUCUGCUCUAACAGAUGUGCUUCUAUAUUGGGAAAGAGAGGGAGGGAAUAGCUUGUUGUGCCUGGGUUUGCUGCAGGGUUCUCACACACUUCUCUGGAAACUUGAUUGAGACCAGUGUGUGAGAUGCGCCUUUCAACUGCACAGGCUUCUGGUUGGAUCGUGGUGAGCCAUCCUGAAACCUGAUCUGAGCUACCAGAGUGUGGCUUAUCGAGAGGUGAGCUGCUGCUACCCAACUUUUCACAUUUGCUUUGCUCCUCCUCCUGGGGUUGUUCUUACCUGCUCCUCCUCCUGGGGUUGUUCUUACCUGCUCUUCGGCAGGGUCGGAUCUGAGCGCUCUGGUUUUGAUCUGCUUUGGCAACACUCAUUGAAUUUAUUUAAAGACUGUUAUGAAAUUUUUACUGUAUCUGAAGAAUGAAUGUUAUCUGUUUAGAACAGAUAGACUUGCUCCAAGAUUCCUUUGUUUUCGGACAGACUUAAAAGGAGAGGUGAGAUUUUCCUUGUUUGGCCUCUGAGAAGGAGCUUGUGGAAAAGGGAAGGGAGAUGAACAGUGGACUGUUUUUUAAAGCCUAGGUAGAAUCAAUGAAAUCCUUUUGAAGGAAGGAAUCUGGAAAGUAUGCUUUACCAGUGACAUGAUUUCUCUCAGCAAAGCAGGGCUGAGAGGUGGUAGAGCAAUGUACUCCGAGAGCUCACUGAAAAUUGGGUGCUGUAGUCUUGAAAACAGUGCUGGUUUUAGGUGCUCCUUAGUGGUACAGCCUAUGAUGAAAAGAGUGCAUGAUAUACACAAUAAUUUAGCUGCAUAUGGAAUUGAGGGAGAGCUUAAUGUUUUCUGUUUUGAGUUCAGAGCAGUUAUUGUUCAGGCGCAGGUAGCCACACAGCUGCCUGUCCAGCUCCUAGCAUUUGCAGUUACUCUGAGCUGGUUGUCAUUUUCUCAUGCUCUCAUGGCUGUUUGGCCUCUUAAGAAGGCAGUGCCACUGUGGUUUUGCUCCUUGGCUUUCUGGUGGGGCUGUCUGCAUAGCAGCAGGGCAAAGGAGCUUUAAAUCACUGACCCAUCUUGUCACCUGAUGGUCCCCGUGUGCCUCUUGUUGUCCUCUGUGCCUUCUGAACAAAGGGUGCAGAUAUCUGUUUUACCUUAUCAGGGGGAAGCUGGGGCCCAUGGGCUCUUUUAUAACCAGGUUAGGUUGGAUUUGGUGACGAACUUAAGAACAGAGCCUGUGAUUUAUCUACUUGACCAUGUUACAUAUGCUCUACAAAUUGCUUUAGGUCUGUGAGUCUGCUUGUGUAUGCCGUGUCAGGCUAUCUGUGCUACCUUUGCAGUGUGUACAGAGUUGUGAAGACCUGAACAAAAACUCUGGUUUAGUGGUUCAUUGAUAAAAACACUGGGUAGGAGCAGCACCAGACCAUUUUUCAGGUGACUCAGAGCUCUGCUUUCUGCAUUUUCUGAACGGACUUCUUCAGGUGUCUUGAUAUCGCUGUUCCACUGCCUGUGAAAUGGCAGUGUUUUAUCUGUGUACCAAUCUGGAUUUGUUUGAGGGUUGAUUAGAAAUGUAUUUGCAGUAUAAUGUAAAACCAAGCCGUAGCCUGUUGAGGUGAGCGGCCGCAGCUUCAACAGUGGGAGCUGUUACAAUGGAGAGUUCGGGCAGUCCUGUGUAUGGAGAAACUCCUCUCAGAACUACUUCUAGUGGAAGUUUUCCACCACAUUUGAUAUGUACGUGUGAGAAAGGAGUAAAGAACUUCAGGCCAAAAUGACUUGACAGCUUGUUAGCAAGAAAACGCUUUCUUCUGUCUCUUAAAAAAAAAUAUACAUAUGUAUAUAUAUAUAUAUAUAUAUAAAUUUUAACCUUCUUGUGGUUGGGGAUAGAAGGUUGAAACUGUCAGGCAGAUAGCCACCAUCCAGCAGAAAUGCUCCUGAAUGCUCUGGUGGAAGCUAGCUUUGAUUUGACAGUUAUGAGUCUUUGAAAGUAGCGCUCUGUUUAUACAGCACAGUAAAUACUUUGAAGUGCGUUAGGCUUUGCUGUACAUGCGUGGCUAACUAGAAGAAUAUUAAAUGCCUACAUCUUGUGUCGAGUGAGGGAGGAUCCCGCAGCAAUUGGAAUUGCAUGCUCCUCGGGCUUUUAUAAGAUCGUGUCAAAGCAGUAGAUUUGAUAAUAGACCUGAUUAUACAAUUGCUUAAUUUCUUGUCAAAAUAACAUUUUUUUUUUUUUACGUGCGGUGUUCCGAGAUCUUUGAGGUGACCUCAUGUUAUUUAUCAAAUGUCAGUUUUUCAUCCCGGCAGCUUUGAUGUAAUCAUGUAGCAUCGUGGAGUACUGUGUACAUGCAGUCUUUGCUUGCUGGAGUUCUUUGAAGUGCCUCACUCCUUAGAAGAGUCGUUGCUGUGUGGAAGAUCCUACAUUUAACGACAAGGAAACCAGUAUGGAAGCGCUGCACUGUGGGGCUAAAGGUCGUGCUACAUCUCACGCGCCUGAUGUGGGCCUAAAAGCAAAGAAGUGAGAGGUUCACUGCACCCCCUGACACUCAUCUUACCCAGCAGUAAGCUGCAGGGGGUAUAGUAACCCUCCAACUCUGUCCCUGUGGGAAUGGCAGCUUUGUGGUGCUGAGCUCCCCGGGUGCUAAAGAACAGCAGGAGGAGAAGAGCAGAAGGAUGGCUGGUGGUGACAGUCCUGAAGGAAAACUGGUCGGACAGGCAGUGCUGGAAGGUAGUGAUACUCAGGGGAGCCUUGAAAAACUGCUCGUUUGGGAUGAGAGAGACCAAAUGCCCGUAGAGGUGAAGGUUACAAGGGAGGAAGGUGUGUGGGUCGCCCCCCGUCAUUCGGAUGGGCGCUGUGUCCCCUUGCAGCAUACCAGGGAAUUACUGCUCGCUACAUGUAGCACUGGGUUUUCCUCAGAGGAGCUCUGUCCUGUGCUGACCCAUCCCAGCCUCACUUAGCUCAUGAAAACUGACAAGAUUGCAGCCCAGGGAGUUAUGCCUGAGGAUUGCUUCUUAUCUUUCAUUCUGGAAGCCCGUUGAAGGGAUGCUGAAAGGAAAGGGAAAAGCCCUUUUUUUUUCCCCCAGGCUGAACUGAUAGGUGACUUGUUUCUCCCAAGCCUUCUGCUUAAGUGGUGUGACGUUACUACUUGUUGAAGAACAAACUGGUGUCUCCUCGGUCCUGUCUUCCCAUCCAUUAUUUCAGCAUAUUUUCCCCCCACUCCCUUCCCACAGAUUAGUUUCUAGAUAAUGGGCUGCUGGCAAGCUUGAUACAGGUGUCUUUUACCCAUGGUUGUUCAUGCAGAUGUCCCUAUUUAAAUUUUUGAAAAAACAAACCCAGAGAAGUAAGGGGGAGAAGACUGCCUCUGCCUCUGCCUCUGAACAUGUUGCCUAACUCCUGAAAAGUAGAAGAAACUUUGACAGAAGCCAAAGCAGUGAAAACAACCUGUGGAAAACUCUUAUCGUUGUCCACUGGACUCCUGCAUGCAAUGCUGACUGAUGCUGGGGCUGUUAACUGCUAAUACGAUGUGGGAAGCCUGUCAUAUAUUAGGGAAAUACUGUUAAAACAUUUCUUGAAAAACCCCUUAUUGCUCGAGCUGCUGAUCCUUACCGGUGUCAACAACAGUAGGAACGGCAGGGCAGAGGGGCUGCUGCUCAGGCAAGUGACACCCCACUUAAGGUGCUUAAAACUCCAGCUGUAAAGUACAUAGGCUGCUCCCAGCAUUGCUAACAGAGGUGGAGCCGAGCUGGUGCUGGCAGCUGUGCAGGGGCGCUGGGCUGAGGUCAGGGUGACGCUGUGACGUGCUGUGGGGUGCGCGACCGCGUCCCCAGCGCCCGGGCAGCAGCCUGGCUGACUGCAAAUGCCACUGCUGCUGGAGAGGCUGGCAUGGCAUGGACACCAAGGGGAAGUGCUCAUAACGUUCCUGUACCCAAGCAGAUAGUUGUAGCUUAGGCUUUGAGGUGUUUUUUGUUGUUUAUUUUUUUUUUUUUUUAGGGGUUUUUCUUCUUGGCGUUUUCCCCCAGACUGAUUUCUGGAACUGUGUCAGAAUCUGCCAAGAGCUUGUUUGAGUCCCAGGUGGACCAAGUAGUUGGAGUGUUGUCUACAUAAUAGCAGCUGGGAAAUUAAAAGGCUCUUUGUGUCUGUCUCUGUACACCUUGGAUCUGCUCACCAGCAUCCAUAAGUGUCUGUCUCCUCCAUUACUUUGGGGAAGGAGUCGUGCAGAGUCAGAAGCUGUCUAGGACAGUCAUUCGUCCCCACUGGAUUAAUAAUGCACUGAAGUGUUGUUUGAUGCACUGAAAAAAGGUUUAAUGGGCAAGUAGUCGUCUGUUUGACAAAAAGUGUUAGUGCUACUCACAGCUCUCAAAAGUGGUGCUUAUGAGAGUGGUGGGUAAUGUGUUUGAUGCAAAAGACUAUUUCAGAAUGAUUUUUUUUAAAGUACCUAAAAAUACUAAUUACUUAUAUAGUAAUACUAAUUACUUAGGCUUUGUGGCUACUGUUGGUUAUCCAUGUGCUUGCCAGCAGGAGGAAGGAAGUGAAUAGUUGCUAGAGGUACCAUUUUCUGAGAGAAGGGGAUGGUUACAGGAGAAAUGUCAUAAAACACUUAGUGCCCUGAGCCUUUGGGUUUGUAUUGUGCUUUGUCAGUGAUUGUUUUGACUUUACAUUUUAAGGAUGGAGACCAAAAGGUUGAAUUUUCUGUGGCCAUUGCUGUUCUGGAUGGACUUUAGGACAGAUUGAUUCUUUGGGAGAUGUCCAUGUGUGUGGUGAUAGGAGUUGGGGGGGAAUUAUGGGAGGAGGGGUAUCUGUACUGUCUGACUUGAGAUAUGGGCAGGCACAGGUAGGCUCAGCAGAGCUACGUUGUAUGACCACACAUACUUCGUUUGCACAGGGGUGAUUAAAUAUGUUCCUACAGUUUCUGUGAGGCUUAUUCCUGUGGUCCUGAAUUUUUACACUAAGUUGAACAAGUCAGAGGAGCUCCUCUCCCAUGUAAUGGCAUAGAAUCUUGCGUGCUCUUUCCAUGUCAAUGUGCUCGUAGGUCUUCAAGGUGCUAAUUUUAAGUGAGCUUGUCUUUGCUCAGCCCCUUUCUCUGUGCUUCGGGGCUGGAGGUAACUGUAGGCAAUAACCAACUCAUUUGGAGUUUAACAGAGAGGUGUGUACUCACCAUGUGUACAGGAGAAGGUGUUUUCUCUAUGGAGGUUGUGUAGUCCCCACAUUCAUGUAGCAAAAUAACUUCAGGUGACAAGUUCUUGAUUAUUCUGUUGCUUGAGAGUCAUUUCCAGUGCAAGACUGUGAGCAGAGAGGUAAUAUUGUGCAGACUUGGGGUUAGCAGUGAUUUCUCUGACGGGGAUAAGUGGAAUAUUUUGUGAAACUGAAGACUUUGUGUAUGCCAUAACUUUUUAUUGGCAAGACAUAAACAUAGGAAAGUCCACACUGCUUCAGGACAAGUUAAGACCAUCUAGAAAUUGAUGACAGACUGUGAGUUGCUGUCUACUCAGCUUAGGUGGACAAGUUAUCUCUUGAUGUUUAGAAAAUAAUUUAUAAGUAAGGGGGAUUUGUGGCUUACUAGGGAAUGAUAGAACAUGGUAUUUUUCACAAAUCAUCAGCUGUUUUGGGUGGAAUAUGGUCCACGUGCCAUAUGAGGUGACCCUCGUCCAAGUGGCCCCUGCCUUUCUGGUAGAAGGUGCACGUGGAGCAUGUCAGCUGAAAGUCUGAUGUGUGAUAAUUUGUGUAGUUUGGUUGAGGGCUGAGGUCUGCAAACCCUGCAGUGGAAAGAGCCAGGACAGUGUAGGUAGUCAGGGUGUCUACUGAUGGCAGAGCAGAGCUGUGUGGUGUUCAGGUGACCUGUGAAUUUAUGUGCACAUGUGACACUAUGUCUUUAGCCCCAGCAGUUCUUUAGGUACCCCAUGUGUUUUCUGCCCUUGUUUAGGAAAAAGGGCAGAGGAACCUGCCAUCCAGGAGAUGGAUGCAAGUCUAUUUUAACAAGCACAGGUCUGUCCGUGCCUGUGACAUCAGUCACUGCUGCCUCCUUUGUGACAGUGAGCAUGUGGCCACCUGGCUGGACGAAACAUGAAAGUUUUCUCCUGAAAAUUAUUCCUGUCUUUUCUGGAGCCAGUUUUCAGCUGGAUCACAAGUGCUAGCAAUGGAAAGGAUAGAGUUGGGUUGGCUUGGGCUGGUGGAAGUUGCUUUCCUGGGUCCAGCACAGCAGUUGGUGUACAGGAGGUUAAGGCUGCGUUUUUGACAGACCUGUUUGAAUGCUGGUGGGUCCAAUCCUGGUUGUGUUACAAGCACGUGCUUUGUGCAUUCCUGGGAAAGGAUGAGGAGGGCAGUGUUUGCUAAGAGGUAGAGGCAGAUAUAAAGGUGUAUUUAAUAGCCCAUGGUAGGGAGCCAUAUCUAGAAAUUGGGGCUGGUUCAAGGGAUUGAAGAGUGUCCUGUGUCCCUCCAUCCUCCAAUGCCAUGGGGAGAUGUGUCAGGUGUAGAAUACUCAUGUCAAUUUAUCUGUUUGCUUUUACAUGAUCUUAAGAAAGUCUGACAGCUCAAUAAAAGUGUUAAAUAACCCUUCCUGAGUCCUCUUGUUUCCCACUUGCUCUCCUUAUCAAUGAGGUGUGUAAUCAAGUACUUCAUUAAACAGCAGCUUAUUAAAAAGUAACGUGCAGUUCAGCUGCAAGUGUGUAAAAUAAGCAAAUGCUUAACAAAACUGGUAAGUGCAGCACGUGAUGAAAACCAGUGGUAGCUCUUGGGUGUAGGGGAUUCACCUUUUGCCAGUGCAGCUGUUCUCCCUGUUAUGUGGUUGAAUGAGGGUCGGAGAAAUAGGAUGUGCCCUUCCCAGUAAAAUUGUGCUGAAGGAGCGUGUUGGCUGAUUCAUUGCCUUACCCCACCUCUCAGGUCACACGGGGAAUCCACUGGUGGAUGCUCAUGCAGAGGUUUGCUUCCUGGUGGCUGUCAGGAUGAGUGGUGGCUCAAAUACCUCCUGUUGCUGCUGGUUUUGGUCCCUCCUAACGCUGCUGCUCUUCCCAGAGCAGUCUCCUACUCCGCUCUCUCUCCUUCCUUGCCCACUCCACUGUCACAGAUACAAUUCAGGGUGCAGGCUCAGCUUCCAUUCAAAGUUAUCUUUUGUUUUCUGUAGCAGCAGGUCUCUAGCCUUUUUUCUUCUUCCAUGCUGAUUUUUGGCUCUCACCAGCCUCAGUCCAGCACAGACUGACAGUCUCAGAAAGGCCACGGGGAAAAUAGCAGCGUGCUCUUUCUUGUACACAGAGAAAGGUUUCUUGCCUUUAAUGCUUCAUGUCACAGUAAGGCCACAAGUCUGAUACUUUUAUCUACUUGGUAUGCCUUUAUUUCAUCUCUCCACAUUCUCCUUCUCAAAGAGGGGGAGAAAAGACUGAAGUGAAUCAGUGAUGUCUGCAGCUGUUCCUGCUGGAGCAGCCAUAAUGCUGUACACCUCCAGGUACUUGACCACUUAUCACUACCAAGCUUCUGCAGUUUAAAGGCCUAAAGUAGGAAUGAGCUAGUUUAGAUGUUUUUUUUCACCUUCUGUUUGCAGUGCAGUAGUAUGGUGGCUGGUUUGUAGAAGUACAGGGGUGGUUCACGAAUACUUAACCGAAAGGUAAACCAAGAUGUGCAUUUGCAUCUUGUUGGUUACUCUGUGGUAGCUGCUUGUGUACGUCCUCUCAGCCUUGUGCUCUCAAAAUCACUGUGGAGAGCAAGCUGUCUUGUACUGGCUGGGGACUAAGACCAUGCAGGUGAGCAGCAGAGAUGGGACACUGGGGGAUGGAGUUACAUUGCCCGACUGGGUAGCCUAAAAGAUGGACGGUGCCCCUCUAGCAGGGGCACCUGAGCUGUGGUCUGUAAUGCAGUUUUUUGCCAAGUUGGGAUUGAGUGUUUCAAGCAGUAGAGCUCUGGCCGUUGUUUGUGGUAGAUUCUGCCCAUACUGCUGUGUGCUGGUGUUCACAUGUUUUCCUCUUCAAAGGAAAAAGUGAUUUCUGUCGCCGCUUUGGUAGAGGUGUGUCAGUAUUGGCACUGGCAGGGCUUAGCCUGUAUUGUUUCAUUGGGUGGGGUGGGGGAAAGGGGAGAGGAGAUAUUACUGGGUAAUUGGAUUCAGGGAUGAUUGUGCUGCUGUGGUAGGUUUUACUGGAUGAAGCAGCUUGUUGCGAUAGGUGUUUGUUUCAGCUUCUGUCUGCAGGUGUGACUUGGCCAGAUAAGGAUGGUCUAUCACGCUGAUGAUUUCAUUGUUUGAUUUGGCUGGACUGGGUGGAGAAUGUAGCUGCAUUGUUUGGGCCUAGCUUUGUAGUUCGGUUUUGUGAAGUGGAUUACAUGGCAGUGCAUUGCUACAUUAUUAAGGUGAAGCUGCAGUAGAUAAUAGUUGGAGAAUGUUGGAGGGAAGAGAAUAUGCACAGGGUUUCACAAUGCGUAACUAAUUGAGCCUCCAGCUCCUGCGUUUCUGUUGGGAGAUCUGGUCAGCAGAAUGCAUUGGGAUUACACAGAAAACCUCGGGUAGUGAUUUCAGUUUGCAGUCAUACUUUACUGCAGGGCUGUCCGUGUUGUGUAAAUAGCUGAGAGUGCUCUGAGAGACCAUGCUGGCCCUGACAGUGUGUGUGUUGUCUGGAUUCAUAUUGUUCUUGCAGCCUCUACAGUUUUCACAGUGGGUGAGGGAGAAGCUGGCUCCUUUUUUACUGACUUCAGUUUUACCAUUAAGCUGUUCCUCAAAGUCUGUGUUCCCUUGUAUUACCAAACUUUCAGACACUUAAACUUGCUUUAACAUGUGAGUGAGCAUUAAUUGAUGCAGGGCUGUCUGUAUUACUGAAAAUGUGGCUGAUGGGUUCUUGGGCCGUGGACUCUUUUGACCUUAUAGGAAAUAACCAUAGUACAGGGUGGGGUUGGCCCCUCUAUCUUGAGCAGACUUGCAGUAUGCCUUCCUUGGGAAGGGUUGCCAUUGGAUUCCCUUCUCCCUGUAGUGUGUACAAUGACGUAAAGUAGGAGCUGUCAGAACAGUAGGUAGUGCCUCCUCCUCCUAAAACCUGCCUGGUUUUCCCCUAGAUGUGACUGCCUGGCUCUCCCUGGUGCUUGAUGUUUUUAUUUAAACAUAUCGGGCUGUGGAGGAGGUUGUAUAUGUGAAGCACAGGGGUUUGGCAGGAGUUGCUGAGCACAUAGUGAGGGGAAGGUGAGCCUUUGAAGAGAGAUGGGUGCAGAGAAGGGAAGGUGACAUGUCCAGGCUUUGUGUCAGCUUCUCUAAGCACAGAUGAGCUCAUGGGAAUUGAGCUGGCUGAAAUGUGGGAGUGCUAAAGCAGGUCUGACCUAUUUCUCCUCCAUGGGCAGCUCUUCAGAUUCUUCCAGUCUGAUGGUGGCUUUUUGGGUGCUGACAAAUCUUGCCAGUCUGAGCAGAGGCUUCCCCUUGUCGGUGGUUCAGAGCAAGCUUUGAUUCCUCUGCUUCUGUGUCUGGGUGCAUGGAAGGGGUGCACAGCUUGGCUUUGGCUGUGUUCUUGUUGGUGAAACUUUUCCUCUCUCUUGUUUUCCAGGUGAUCGUUUCUUGUGAGACAAGUGGUUUGCAACUCAUGGCCUCCACGAUGAGUACUGCCGUGUCGUGACACCAGGGGUCUUGGGUGCCCUGGAGAUGCGAGACUUCCCCUGGGCGGCAGGAGGCACGCGUCUAGAGAAUGCUGGAGCUGCAGGAGGGAAGUGCCCAGUGCAAAACCAGCGAGGAGCCAAGAGAAAAAAGGCAAGCAGACAGCCAGCACUGAGAGGAGCGGGUGGCAGGAAGCGCUUCGACGCUGCCUCUGGCGGCACGAUCCCCAGGGGAACUUGACGAGAGCCCAUCUGCGUGUGUGUGAGACUGUGAGCUCAGGAUUUCUGUCAAUGCAUUCCAGUAACCCCAAAGUGAGGAACUCCCCGUCAGGCAACACACAGAGCCCCAAAUCAAAGCAGGAGGUGAUGGUCCGCCCCCCUACAGUGAUGUCCCCGUCUGGCAACCCUCAGCUGGAUUCCAAAUUUUCCAACCAAGGCAAACAAGGGGGCUCCACCAGCCAAUCCCAGCCCUCUCCCUGUGACCCCAAAAGUGGAGGUCACACCCCCAAAGUGCUCCCUGGCCCAGGUGGGAGCAUGGGGCUGAAGAAUGGGGCUGGAAAUGGUGCCAAGGGGAAGGGGAAGAGAGAGAGGAGCAUUUCAGCAGACUCCUUUGAACAGAGGGAAGCUGGGACUCCUAAUGAUGACCCUGAAAUCAAAGACUGCAAUUCUGCUGAUCAUGUGAAGUCCCAGGAGUCUCAGCACACACCACACUCCAUGACUCCUUCAAAUGCUUCAGCCCCAAGGUCUUCCACACCUUCCCAUGGUCUGACUGCCACUUUGGAGCCAGCAAGUGGGCAGAAGACUCCAUCCAAAGUGGUUUACGUCUUUUCUACUGAGAUGGCCAACAAGGCUGCAGAAGCUGUGCUGAAGGGACAGGUGGAAACCAUUGUGUCCUUUCAUAUCCAGAACAUCUCAAACAGCAAGGCGGAACGAAACACUGUACCCUUGAACCCCCAGAUCACUGCACUUCGGACUGAACCCAAGCCCCUGCCGCAGCCCCAGCCCCCCGCUGCCCAGGACCAGAACCCUCCCCAGAACGCCAAAAUGCAGCCAACCCCACCCGUGUCAGCGCCGGUGUCCAAAUCCACUGGCCCCCCAUGUCCCAUAGAUCAGGACAGUCCCAGCGUGGAAAGCAAAGUGAUGUCCGUGGGCAGCCCUGCCAACUCUACCCCACUGCAGACGGAAGGAUUUGGGCAGAGUUCGACCCCCAAUAACCGAGCGGUUAGCCCGGUUUCCCAAGGUAGCAAUAGCUCAGCUGCAGACCCCAAAGGUCCUCCCCAGCAGGUGUCUGGUGGGGACCCAUCCAGUUUGGGCGAGAAUCCAGAUGGACUGUCACAGGAGCAGCUGGAGCACCGAGAGCGCUCACUGCAGACCCUGCGAGACAUACAGCGCAUGCUCUUCCCUGAUGAGAAGGAGUUUGCUGGAGGGCAAAGUGGGGGGCCUCCCCCAAAUGCUGGGGUGCUGGAUGGUCCCCAAAAGAAACCUGAAGGGCCAAUACAGGCUAUGAUGGCUCAAUCCCAAAGUUUAGGCAAAGGGUCAGGGUCUCGGACAGAUGGAGGGGCUCCAUUUGGCCCUCAAGGACACAGGGACAUGCCUUUUUCCCCAGAUGAAAUGGGGCCACCACCAAUGAACUCCCAGUCAGGACCCAUAGGCCCAGACCACCUGGACCAUAUGACUCCUGAGCAGGUGGCCUGGCUCAAGCUGCAGCAGGAGUUCUACGAGGAGAAGAGGAGAAAGCAAGAGCAGGUGGUUGUGCAGCAGUGUUCCCUGCAGGACAUGAUGGUCCACCAGCACGGGCCUCGUGGGGUGGUCCGAGGUCCUCCUCCUCCCUACCAGAUGACCCCUGGUGAGGGCUGGGGACCUGGGGGCCCAGAGCCCUUCCCUGAAGGCAUGAACAUGUCACACUCUCUGCCCCCCAGGGGCAUGGCCCCUCAUCCCAACGUGCCCGGGAGCCAGAUGCGCCUGCCUGGUUUUGCAGGAAUGAUGAACCCUGAGAUGGAGGGCCCCAGUGUCCCGAAUCCCGCCUCACGGCCUGGGCUUUCAGGAGUUAGUUGGCCAGAUGAUGUGCCAAAAAUCCCAGACGGCCGAAACUUCCCUCCUGGCCAGGGUGUCUUCAGUGGCCCUGGCCGAGGGGAGCGGUUUCCCAAUCCACAGGGCCUGCCCGAAGAGCUCUACCAGCAGCAGCUGGCUGAGAAACAGAUGGGCCUUCCUCCUGGUCUGAACAUGGAAGGCAUCAGGCCCGGCAUGGAGAUAAACAGAAUGAUGCCCUCCCAGAGACACAUGGAGCCUGGGAACAACCCCAUCUUCCCUCGCAUGCCGGUAGAAGGACCGAUGAGCCCUUCCAGGGGGGACUUCCCAAAAGGAAUACCCCCACAAAUGGCUUCUAGCAGGGAGCUGGAGUUUGGGAUGGGCCCUGGCAGCAUGAAGGGGGACAUGGGCAUGAAUGUCAGCAUGGGCUCCAAUCCACCCCUGGUCCCUCAGAAGCUGAGGGAGGCAGGAGUCGGGCCGGAAGAGAUGAUGAAGCUGCGCCCUGGCGUCUCGGAGAUGCUCUCUUCUCAGCAGAAAAUGGUGCCGCUGCCGUUCGGGGAGCACCCGCAGCAGGAGUAUGGCAUGGGUCCCAGGCCUUUCCUCCCCAUGUCUCAGGGCCCAGGAGUCGGUCUCCGGAAUCUCAGAGAACAGAUCGGGCCUGACCAAAGGACUAACAACCGGCUCAGCCACAUGCCGCCACUACCUCUCAAUCCCACCAGUAACCCCAAUAGCCUCAACACUGCUCCCCCCGCGCAGCGCAGCCUCGGCCGCAAGCCCUUGGAUAUCUCCGCAGCUGGUCAGGUGCAUUCGCCAGGAAUCAACCCCCUGAAGUCCCCCACGAUGCGCCAGGUCCAGUCUCCCAUGAUGGGGUCUCCCUCGGGGAACCUCAAGUCCCCCCAGACGCCCUCCCAGCUGGCAGGAAUGCUCGCGGGCCCCACUGCCGCAGCCGCUGCUGCCUCCAUUAAGUCCCCCCCUGUCUUGGGGUCUGCUGCUGCUUCUCCUGUCCACCUCAAGUCUCCGUCUCUCCCCGCACCUUCUCCUGGAUGGACUUCAUCUCCAAAGCCUCCUUUGCAGAGCCCCGGGAUUCCCCCGAACCACAAGGCGUCUCUGACCAUGUCUUCUCCAGCCAUGCUGGGGAACGUGGAGUCGGGUGGUCCACCUCCUUCCACAGUCAGCCAGUCUGCUCCUGUGACUCUCCCUGGAAAUCUUCCCUCUAGCAGUCCUUACACAAUGCCUCCAGAGCCAACCCUCUCCCAGAAUCCCCUCUCCAUUAUGAUGUCCAGGAUGUCCAAAUUUGCCAUGCCGAGCUCUACACCGCUCUAUCACGAUGCCAUCAAAACUGUGGCCAGCUCGGAUGAUGACUCCCCUCCAGCCCGCUCCCCAAACUUGCCACCUAUGAACAGUGUACAAGGAAUGGGCAUUAAUUCUCAGAAUCCUCGAAUUUCAGGUCCAAACCCAGUGGGUCCAAUGCCAACCCUUAGCCCAAUGGGAAUGACCCAGCCUCUUUCCCAUAACAACCAGAUGCCCUCUCCAAAUGCUAUGGGACCCAAUAUACCUCCUCAUGGGGUCCCCGUGGGACCCGGCCUGAUGUCACACAACCCAAUGAUGGGGCACGGUUCCCAGGAGUCUCCAAUGGUACCUCAAGGACGCCUGGGCUUCCCACAGGGGUUCCCCCCCGUACAGUCCCCUCCACAGCAGGUGCCAUUUCCACACAACGGGCCCAGCGGUGGACAAGGCAACUUCCCAGCGGGAAUGGGCUUCCACGGAGAAGGACCUCUGGGGCGUCCUACCAACCUGCCCCAAAGUUCGACAGAUCCAGCACUUUGCAAGACUGGAGGCCCUGGCGGUCCAGACUCCUUCACUGUUCUUGGAAACAAUAUGCCUUCGGUUUUCACUGAUCCAGAGCUGCAGGAGGUGAUCCGCCCUGGAGCCACGGGAAUACCCGAGUUUGACCUGUCCAGGAUUAUCCCGUCGGAGAAGCCCAGCCAGACACUACAGUAUUUCCCUCGUGGGGAGGUGCCAGGCCGCAAGCAGCCGCAGGGUCCCGGGCCUGGCUUCUCCCACAUGCAGGGGAUGAUAGGAGAGCAGACCCCGAGGAUGGGACUAACGUUGCCUGGCAUGGGGGGCCCCGGGCCGGUGGGAACUCCGGAUAUCCCCCUCGGGACGGCUCCGUCCAUGCCGGGCCACAACCCGAUGAGGCCGCCGGCCUUCCUGCAGCAGGGCAUGAUGGGGCCGCACCACCGCAUGAUGUCACCAGCACAGCCGGCCAUGCCCGGCCAGCCCGCCCUCAUGAGCAACCCCGUGGCCGCCGUGGGCAUGAUCCCGGGCAAGGACCGAGCCCCCGCGGGGCUGUACAGCCACCCGGGCCCCGUGGGGUCGCCCGGGAUGAUGAUGUCAAUGCAGGGCAUGAUGGGACCCCAACAAAACAUCAUGAUUCCCCCCCAGAUGAGGCCCCGAGGUAUGGCUGCUGACGUUGGCAUGGGAGGAUUUAGCCAAGGCCCUGGAAACCCAGGGAACAUGAUGUUUUAAGCUGCUACCAUAAGACUGGAUGUUCUGAUCCUUGUCAAGAUGAGAUUCCAAGUCCUGAGGGCUUUUUUGGGAGCUUCAGGAGUACAGUUUGGCCAUGCAAUAGGUGAAAAGAGACCAGAGGACGCUUUGGGAAAUCUCGAAUGUAUGGAAUUACCUGAAAAAAAAAAAAAAAUUAUUCAUUUAAACAGGUUGUUUUUUUUUUAAGAUUUAUUUUUUAAAAAUUAUUUUUGUGGACUUGGGUAUCCCGUGACGGCACCUGCUUUGAGAAUCUGUAGCUGUAUUUUGAGAAUUGCCAUUUGUCACAAGUUGCACCAUUCUCUGUAUGUUUACGUCCUUCGGACUGGCUUCUCCCAGGACUCUCGGUUAUUUUUGGGGUUUUUUGUGUACUGUACUAUAUUGUAAAAGGGAUUUUAGCAGAGACUUUUAGUCUUUGGGGUGAGAGGAGAAUGGGAUUCUAGGCUGUUUACUUUAGGUGGAGAAUCCAUCUUCAGAACUUCGGACUAUUUUCCUUCAACACCCAAUGUAUAGAAAAACCAAACUACGACCUCAGAGCAGAGUAUUAAUGAAAAGCACAAAAAGGAACUUAAGUUCAGUGAGGGGAAUCUUUUAAAAGAAAUAAAUAAUAAGUUAAGGACAUAUUUUUCAAAUUAUGGCGUGCUGUCCAGCACCUUCUGUCUCUCCCUCCCACUCUUUAUUAAAUAGGCUUCUCUCUCUCCGUCCCCUUCUGUCUCCUCCUAUGGCAGCUGCAAUACAUUGUGUUAUUUUGGGGAGUAAAUCUAGGAGAGCCUCUCCUCACGUGGGGACUCUUCCCACUUCUAGGAAGGGGCUGGACUUGGACACUGUUACAUCCUACAGUAGUCUCUCUCACUGUUUCCUAUUCUCCUUUUCUUAGAAACCCCAAGUGAUUUUAUUAAUGUGGGAGUGGAACAGACACUAAAAGUUACCCAGGAUUUUUUUUUGUGGUUAUUUUUUUUUCCUCCCCAGCGUAAAACGUUCUGUGUAACCUCCAUUAAAUUUGGUACAAAACCACUCGCCAGGGCUGUGGUGUCAGAAAAAUAAAAUAUAUUGUUUCUUACAAAAAUGAA